CCACCUCUGGGGUGGAGCACGACAGCUGCACAACAAGACUGCCCCACGGUUUGGGACAGGAAGUGAAGUAGAAGCCUGUAUGCAGCUGAAGCCACAGAGAGGGAGCUGAGUUAGAGCCAGGACAUCUGCCCAGGUGGAAAGGUCUCGGAUACUUCACUGCCUUUAAGGCGUCAGGACAUGGAUCAGCCACCCCUGUCUACCCUCCUACUGCUUCUCACCCCACGGGGAAGGGGGCAGCAUCUGGCUCCCCCAGGGAUGCGCCACAGGGGUGGGGAGGUCGCGUCCCCUUGAGAGGCCGGAGGCAUCGGCACCAUGGGGAUUGAGUUGCAGUUUGGGGAGACUGGGGCUGAUGCUGCUUGGGCAGCAUAAAAGGGGUGGAAAUGCCCCCUACGAGUCACCUCCCAGCCCAGUGUGGAGUGGACAUACAGGCCUGCACCCAGCUCCUGGUGCAGGAGGCAGAGCGGGUGCACGGCCAGCACGCACGGUGCCCAGUCUCUGCUCCCCCGGGGCCCGGUGGGAAGCAGAGGGUCAGAGCAGCAUUGAGUCUGCGGGGUGGGGAGUGCCAAGGUGGCUUGAACCCAUCUUGUGCCAGCCCCAAGGAGCAGCAUCACUGGGACCAGCCUGCCCGUGGGCCUCGAGGGAUUGCCCCUAGCAGCUGGGCUGGUCGCUCGCAGAGAGCAGGGAGAGCACGCCAGGACGUGGGGCCCACCGCGGAGCAGGAAGGGGUGGGGCCUGCCCUGCGGGUGGACUCUGCGCACAGGCCUGCUCCGCUCCAGACGCACGGUUCUCCUGGGGCACAAUGACAGGUCACUGCCUCUGUCUUGGCCUGACACCACUGGCUCUGCUUUGCUGCCUGCCGCUGGCGCUUUCACCUGCAGAAUAGCAGCACUAGGAAGGGCCGGGGGAGUAGCUUGUAUUUGGGGCCAAGACGCCUGUGACAGGUUCCCCCUGGGGUGCUACCUGGAACUGGGGUACCACUGAGCCCCCCUGACCCACCAGCCUGGCCUCCCUUUACACUGUACUGCUGUGACUAGCCUGCCAAGCCCUCUCCCAGGCUCCAGCCUGCACUUUACCAGCACACAUACAAUGCACCUGGACCCAUGCGGCCUGAGCAUCGUGCCCAAGGAGCCGGCGGUGGCGUUCCGGAGCCACGUGGUUCUGAACUGCAGCAGCACCUGUUCCAGUCUCGCCCACCUGGGCUGGGAGACGUCGGUGCCGAAGGUGACAAACGAGGGACCCGGCUGGGCGUCUCUGCACAUCUCCAGCCUCGCGGUGUGGGACCUGGAGCCCCAGUGCUACGUCACCUCCACGAACAUCAUCGAAAAAGCCAGGCUCCACGUGUACCGAUUCUCACCCCCCGAGAUCCACCUGGGAGCUGAGAUGGUGGCUGGUCGCCAGGAGCGAAUCACCUGCAACGUCUCCAGCCUUGUGUCCGGCUCCAGCCCCUCCGACAUCAACGUCACCCUGAGCAGCGGGGGCAGCACCCUCAGCGAGAGCCGCGGCAGCCCGGCCGUGGGGUACAGCUUCGUGGCACAGCCCACGCAGCACGGGCAGGAAAUCGUGUGCCAGGCCUGGCUCCGCGUGGGCCUCCAGGUGCUGAAUGACAGCGCCAGGGCCACCCUGCAGGUCUGGGCCCUGCCCCACAGCGUGAAGGUCUCCGUGGAGCAGCUGGAGUUCGGCGUCGGUGCUAACUUCACGGUGCGGUGCAGCGCCGAGGGGAACCCCCUGCCCGAGCUGCUCUGGGAGCUGCCCUCCAACGCCAGCGUGGAGCUGUCUGACCGCGGCCGGACGGUGACGGUGCACUCGGCCCAGCUCGCCCACAGCGGGACCUACCAGUGCCUGGCACAGAACAGAUACGGGACCAGCUCAGGGCACGUGAACAUCAGCAUAGUUCAGCAAAGGCACGGGAUCGUGACAGUCAUAGCGGUGCUGGGGGUGAUUUCGGUUCUCGCCGGCGCAGGCCUGAUAGGGUGGCUUGUGAGAAGACGCUUCAUGAAGUCGUAGCUGCGGCCCAGGGCAGCCGCGGUCCAGGGCUGCCCUCGCCAGCCCACGGUGGGGAGGGUGACUCAGGGCAGGGGGAAGCGCUGGGCAGUGAUGGGCCUGAAGCUUUGGGUGAGGAGAAGGAGGAGCCCAGAGGUGUGUGAGCCUGUGACGAAGCGGGACUGUUCUUAAUGUUUCCUCUGAAUAGUGUGGGAGUGCCUCAGUUUCCCCUAGGCAGUUCUUAAGUAUCUAGGGGGUUGG